GAAAUCAGAUGAUGGAAAGUAGCUGGUUGCUACCAGGAAGGAAAAGCAUGAAAGAGCAGAGAUCUUUUAAAUCCUAAACGAGAAACCCAGACAUAAUGAAAGGCAGCAGGUCCGCUUUCCACGACGUGCUAUGCGUGACACUCCGGGCCUGAUGGAUCGCCCUUGGAGGGGAGUUUUAGUUGUGUGGACGCUGUGAUGCUUUGAAAUACACGUUGCUGUUGUACUAUUCUCUCCCGUUCCUGCAGCGUUACACUGCAGCAAUUUCCCGAGUCACCUGAACUGUAAACUACGGGUCUAGCAAUGGGACUCAACAAUACCCUUGGAUUCCUGGUCUGCAGGUUACGAAUUUUACUCUUAAUGAUAUUGAUCAUAAUUAUUGUAGCGUGGACCACCAUGUAUCUCUUCGAAAGCACUCGUUACACCUCCAGGCACAAAAUCAAAGCAGGCACUUUUUGGAGGGUGGCAGUUCAUGAGGAGAAAAAGGAGGACAAGUCUAAAACUGCUAUGGAAGACACAACAAAGGGGUUGGAUGUAAAAACCUGUCCCCAGCUAUCCACUAAUCUGAAAGGCAUUUUAGAACUUUCCUUCAACCCGUCUCUAACUAUAGAGGAAGUCCAGUCUAAGAACCCUUUAGUGGAGAAUGGUGUUUACCAGCCAGAGAGCUGCCGGGCGCAGCAAAGAGUGGCCAUACUCAUUCCACACAGAAACCGAGAGAAGCACCUUCUCUACCUGCUUGAUAAUCUGCACCCAUUCCUACAGAGGCAGCAGCUGGAGUAUGGAAUAUACGUAAUUCAUCAGGCCGGGAACAUGAAAUUCAAUCGAGCCAAGUUGCUUAAUAUAGGCUACUUAGAGGCAUUAAAGGAGAAGAAAUGGGACUGCUUUAUAUUCCAUGAUGUCGAUCUUGUGCCGGAGAACGAUUUCAACCUUUACCUCUGUGACAGUGAACCCAAACACCUGGUUGUUGGCAGGAACGCCACCGGAUACAGGCUUCGGUACAAGGGCUAUUUUGGCGGUGUGAGUGCGAUGACCCGAGAUCAGUUCGCCAAGGUCAAUGGAUACUCCAACAAUUACUGGGGCUGGGGAGGAGAGGAUGAUGAUCUGCGACAAAGAGUUGUAUUACAAAACAUGAAGGUGGUUCGACCUUUUCAAGAUAUUGGCAGAUACACCAUGAUCUUCCACAAACGAGACAACGGCAACGAGGUCAACCAUAAGAGAAUGCAGCUGCUGGACAAAGUUUCCAAAGUCUGGAUGGCAGAUGGGCUGAAUUCCUGCUCCUACAAGCUACUGUCUACAGAACACAACCCUCUGUACAUUAAUUUCACUGUGGACAUCGGAGGACCAGAUGCCUAACUUUAACUUCCGGCACAGAAUUGACCAAAGGAUACGGUUUCUCAAACUCUGCUGCUGAAGAAAUUGUAUUCCACAAAAGUUUUAGAUUUUAACAUUUUCAGUGAUAAAAAAUAGGUCACCAUAAAUCGGCUCUCAGAAUGGCCCUUCUUUCAACCUUUCUCCUUCCCGUCCUCAUCUUGGAUUUUCCUUUGUGACCAAACUGGUGUUCUGGGCAUUUUUGGAAAAAUUUAGUAUUUUUUUUUUUGGUACUAAAAACAAUCUUUCCUUCAAGUAUGCAGCUUUUCACUUUGUAUAAUUUAAUUGACGUAAAAUACUUCUUAUUUUCACCAGCGUUAUUUCAUGGAUUGAAAAGCUUCAGACCUUCUGGGAGGAUGCUCGUUCUUUUAAAGCCAUUUUAUUUUUCACACGUGCUGUUUGUACGCAGAGCGCAUGUUUGAGGAACUGGCGGCUUGAGCUGAUGGGACAUUAAUCUCAAAGCCAGCUGCAGAUACAUUGCAAGAGACAAGGUAGUAAAAUAAAUCUAGUUUACAUAAAAAUAUAUAGAGAUUGUUAAAGUAACGUUACCGUUUCUCUCUAAGUAGGUCCUCUACAGGUGGAGGAAGCCAAUGACGUAACUUCUGCAACUUAUUGUAGCCACUUGACUAUUUAAAGGGAAACUGACAACAUAUUUUUAUAUUUAUUUUUUGUUUACAUUAAAGCAGUGUUUUAUAUCCAUA